CAGAAGAAAGUGCUUCCCAGCUGUAGUAACCAUCAACCACGUUUCACCGAGACAAAGCGGUAGUACAGCACAUACAUAUUUAUAAUUAAACAGCCUUUGAUUGAAAAAUAAGGGACAUGGCGAGCAACUUAUAGCCCUUGAAAGUGUAAUGCCCCAGAGAAGAUGGAUUUUUGGUCGAGACUGAUCGCAGGCACUUCGCUCUCGCCAUCAACACCGAGCAAGGCUGCCUUUAAUGAUCCGGUGAAGCGCCUGGCGCGCUUUAGGAGGGAAUACAGCCAGUUGUUGCAAGAAUGGCGACACGUUACGAACUUGUCGAAAGACACAGAUACAGCCGACACUAUCAGAGCAUGCCUGCGCAACAUCAACAAGUUCCUCAGUGAUGAGUCGCGACUGCCCUCUCCUCAUCCGUGCCUGUCGUUUUCCGCCCAGAACCAGAUAUACGUCUCGGCCGCCAAGAUAGCGACGGUUUCCUACAACGAAGACAUUAUCAGGGAGGCUAUCACCUUGUUCAGCACACUGAUUGAGAGCGAAGAGGAGGACUUCAUAGAGAAUGAGGCUUUCUCGCAGAGUUUGAUGAACCUGCUGGCCCGCAUCACUGGGGCGAAUAGCAUCCGACUGAACUCGGAGACCGAGGUGGAUGUGAUCGAGCUUGCCUUCGGAAUCGCUGCGAAGAUACGACUACAGCCGGAAAUAUUGCCAGCAUGGUUCACGACGGGGGAUGUAUCCUCGGAUGAUGAAGACAAGGGUCACCAUGAGCGAUUUACGGGAAAGACGAGCAAAGAGGAUUUCCCCCUAUUCUACCUUCUGGUAGACUAUAUCCACCAUGAAGGGCGGAUAGGAGAUUUUGCGCGGACUGGCCUCUUAUACAUCAUUGAGUCGGCGUCUGUCUCUAUGCCUUUGGAGCAGUGGCUUGUUGAGAGCGACCUGGCAACAUUGAUGGCUACAGGGCUUGGCGCCCUUUACAGUCAGUUGAGCCGAAAGCUGGUCAUUGACUACCCCGAAGACAGCUUUCCGUUAAUUCUGGCUAUGUCCGACUUCAGACAUCCAAGAGCCACAGCCGAUAUUGUAAGCUCCGCUUCUACGGAUUUCCAGAGCCAAAUGGACACGUUUCUCUCACAUCUUGUGUUCUGGCAAGAUGUCCUUGAUCACUGCAAGUCUGUCGAGGUGAGGCAGACUUUGCUUGAGCAUUUCCAAGUUAUUUUUCUUCAGCAGUUAUUAUACCCAUCUCUUCUAGAGUCUUCGGAUGCAGACGGCGGGUCAUCAGUGGCCGUCCUCACGUACCUCCGACGAGUUCUCGAAUCUGUCGAGCACCCAGACAUGAUACAUCUCAUCCUUAAUUAUUUAUUAGCCCUGCCGGAUACAACCAUGUUAGAAUCCAUGGCGUCAACGAAAUCGCUUGCUAGUGAAGCAAGAAAGCGCAAGUCGAUGAACUUGGCAACUAUGGGAACGCAACAAUCGACCCCUGAUUUAUUCAAUCUUGUUGAUCUUAUUAUUGGUAGCUUGCGUUCAAAGAGCGUCCAAACUAUAACUGUGACUCUACAGCUAUUUUCGGUCAUUUUACGGCGUCACCACCGGUACGCCGUAUCAACCUUGCUCAGGACAACCCGAGUGGUGACAGAUGGACCCCAAAAGUUGAUUGGGGCUCACCAGAUGGAGUUAACAUAUAUUCUCAACCUAGCCAACGAUAUUAGUGUGCAAGAGGGAUUUGAUGAAAUCUAUGAUGGCCAUAUUAAGGAUGCAACUAACCUCCUUGAGAGCCACCCCUGUUCGCACGAGCUUAUUGUGCCGGUAGGGAUCAGCAAACCUCCAGCAAAGCACUCAACCAUCCCAGGAACCCCGCAGGAUGUCCAUCUCCAUACCCUAAGACCGGACGAUCCGAUCCUCAAGACUCUUCUGUCUAUUCUGUCAACCUUUUUCACCAACUCAGUGGAAACAAACCUCGCCCUAACCGAAGCUCUCAUCGACCUAGCAAUAUGCGGAUACAUGAACAUCGAAGGCUGGCUCCUUCCCGACCCAAGCAAAUACACCUACCCAACACCCCCCCAGCAACCUGCGCCCUCCAAGCCCGUCAAGCCAGGCUCCCAAGCAGCCAUCGAACUCUCGCAAAUCGAAACUCUCCGCGAAGCCCGCCGGCGCCCAACCCUCUCAACUGCAGCAACCCCGCCCCUCCUACUCACCCUCCGCGCCCUCGUCACCCAAACAACCACCUACCGCAGCGCCAUCCCCCGCUUCGACGACCUCCUCCACGCUCGCCGCCAAGCCUUCAAACUCGAUGCUGAAUCUCCUCCACCUCCCCCACCUCGCCGCACCGACGCCCGCGGAAACCGUAAAAGCUCCGAGUCGGACCGCUCCUCUAGCCCGCCUGCUCAGCGCCGCACGCCCCCGGCAAGCACGUCUCGCACGCGCCGCCUCGGUGCCAGCGCUGCCAUCGACUCCCUCGCCUCGCGCAUAUUCCCUGAGCUGGCAUCGCGCUCGUCGUCGCCUCUAGCAAGGGGCCGGACGUCGCGCGAGCAGAAGCGCAGUGGACAUGGGACGCCGGGCGGGGGGCGCGUGGUGUCGAAUUCGCCGCUGAGGGCGUCAGAGACGGCUGGGGCUGGGUCGAUGCUCGAUGAGGAUGGAGUUGCGUGGGAGUCAAUGGGGAGUGCGAGUCAGUCUGCUGCGUAUGCGCAUAUUGAUCGGGGUAUUUUGACGCGGAGGGUGGGGAUGGCGAAGAUUGUGGUUGGAGAGGCAGGUGGGAGGAGGGUGGUGGAUACUGCGAGCAUUGCGCCGAGUACACCGGCGGGAAGUACGGUUGGAGAUGGAGAAGGGGACGAGGAGGGGAGCGUGAUCACUGCGCGGACGGAUGAGACGGGAACGGAGACGGAGACAGACCGUGAGGAGGAGGUUGUAGAGAAGAUGGUCAGUGUGAGCCAUGUUUUAACCAACAUUAUUGUGCUGCAAGAGUUUAUUCUCGAGUUGGCAGCGCUGGUACAGGUGCGAGCGGCCAUGUUUGGAGAGGUUAAGUUUACAUAGAAGCAAAUUCGAUACCAUAUUUAACAAUUUAACGCAAAUAAUAUCAUAUUUCUAUGUUUAGCACUAUCUAUUCAUUGCCGCCGAUAUGUCUGAG